AAAAUGUUUAGUUGGGUAUUUCCGGAUGUAAACGAUAGAUGGCAAUAAAUAUCGUUGUUUCACAGAACAAUAAACAUCAGGCCGAAGAUCAUUGACUUCAUGUGGUUGAUUAUUUGUUUUUUUGGCCAGGUUUAUUUAACACGCUUCAAAUAGGAAUUCCUGAUCAUUCUUUUUUGUAAAUUCUUCAAACACGAUACUUCGGUGUCUGAAUUCUUCAUUCAUCAUUAGCCAUCUGUUUUUUUGUACGCUCAAUACACUUGAUUGAUUACUUAUAUGAAUUAUCAUCGCGACAAUUCGUCGUUGUAUGAAGAAAUGUACAAGGUGUGUGUAAUUUAUUUUAAAUUCAAGCCGAUGAGUAAUCCUAUCUAAUUGCAUAGUGUAUCAUUACCAAUCAAACGCAAUCUUAACCAGAGAAAAAAACAUUGUUUGCUUGAAAUGAAUGAGGAAAAAAAUUAAUGAUUUGUGUGUGUAAGAAGCAAAUGUGAAAACUGAUCCGAUGCCAUUUCUUCAAACGAUUAAUUCAUCAAAAAAAGAGAAUGUUGCAUGGCAACUAUCACCGUGUGUGUGUGUGUGUGUGUGUAUAAUUUAGUGUGAGAACAUACAUUUUGGCCAUCAUUUUUACACUUUUAUUAUUUCACAGAUUUUAUUUGUGAUUGAUAUCUUCACUUCUAAAUUUGUAAAUGUUUAAUUCACCAUGAAAAGUUAUCCCGUGAUGUUUUGAGUCCAUAUCAUUGUCAACAAACAAAUAAAUGAAUGACAACACCUUGACGACAAUGAUUCAAUCGAAUUCAUUGAUUCUAUUUGUACUCGAUUGGAGAAGAUUCCAUUUAAUAAAUGAGAAACAAAUACAGCAAAAGUAAUCAACAAAUUCUUUAUUUUAAUCGCAUAAUAAAUCAGACAAAAUAUCACAAAUACAAAAAUGCAUUUUUCAAUUCCUGAAACCAAAGAAAUCAAAAAUGGUUUCAAAACAUUUAUUACGUAUUUAAUUUAUAUAAAUGGAUCAUUCCAUUGUUCACUGCGAUAUCGACAACUUUAUCAUUUUCAUAUUCAGCUCAAAAAAGCUUUUGGUGCCAAUUCUUUAUCAGAUUUUCCGCCUAAAAAAUUUCUUCCAUUAAAUUCAUUACAAAUCGAAGAAAGACGUUCACAGCUAGAAAAAUAUAUCCAAAUCGUAAGCCAAGAUUCUCAAAUCAUCAACAGCGACAUUUUCAAUGGUUUUCUAUUGGCAGCUCAACAAGAAUCGCUUAAUGAUAUCGUAGGCAACGAUAGUAUUGAUGUUUAUCAGCUAGAUUGGCAGCCAGUACGAUUGAUGACCAAUGGACAAGAGAAUAGUGAAAAUUUAUUGAAAAAAAUUUGUCAAACCAUUGGAAUGAAUGCAAAAUAUGUACCAUAUUUUGCAUUAUAUCUUGUUGAACGUUUCGUCCGUGAUGAUAUUGUUACAAAUUUUCGUAUGAUACGACGAUUACAAAAUUUCGAAUCACCUUUAUUGACAUUACGAACAAUGAUGAACAAAGCAGCUGAUAAUCAUAAUAAAUUUGUGAUCAUCAUACGUAAAUCAUAUUUUGACAUUCAAUUCGAUCAAGAUUUAUUCGACGAUGCGAUUGCAUUGAAUUGUAUCUAUUUACAAGCUGUACAUGAUAUCGAGAAUGGACAUAUCAUUUGUAAUAAUGCGGAUACCUUGAAACGGUUGAAUCAUUUGAAAAUGAAUGCAAAUAAAUUGGAGUAUAUUCAGUUGUCUAGAUUGCAAAAAUUUUAUGGCUAUCUCCAUUUUGAACCAUGUCUUUGUGAUCUACCUUCAUUAACGCCAAAAACUAGUGUAACAAUGUUUGCCGGAAAUCAAGAGCUUAUAAUUCGUGCCAAUGAUACCGAUCAAGAAUACAGUUUCCGUGUUAUUCGAAUUAAAUGUUGGCGUUUGACCACUUCAAAUAAUCAUCGAAAUGAUUCGUUAACGGAAAAUGAAUCACAAGAUCAUCCGAAAGAAGAAAAAGGAAGAUUCGAACUUUCGUUUGAAUAUCUGAUAAAUAAAGGUACUUUACAAUGGAUUACCAUCUAUAGUUCUCAGGCUGUAUUGAUCAGUUAUUGUCUACAAAGUAUGGUCGAAGAAAUGCUACUAAAACGUGAAGGAAAAAAAUUCCGUUCCGAAGGUUUGGCUAUACGCUAUAAUACUAGUCCAAAUUCAAGAUUAGCUAAUCAAAACCAAAUGGAUCAAAUGAAUAUCAAUACUAAUGGUGGUGGUGUUAACAUAGCGAAUGAUAGUGGUUUCGAAUGGAAUUAUUGUAAACAAGAUGGAUCACAAUUUCCAUUAUCCACUUCAUCUUCGACAACAACAUUGACAAGUGAAAAGAGUCAGAAUAGUGAAAAAAGCAUGAAUGAUACAACUGAACAACAACAACAGCUAAAACUUAAUGGAAUAACCGAUCCAUUAUCACAACGAUUUCAGGAGAUAUCAUUGGUCGAAAAUGAUGUUUUCGAUGAAAUUGGAGACGAUGAUCUGUAAAAAAACACUGAAUUUAAAUGAAAAAAUUUUUUAUUUGUAAAA